AUGAAAAGUGCAAAAUCAAUUACUUUAUAUAUGCAUAAAGAUGUAUCAGAACAAGAAAUUGAUAUAGCAGGAUUGCACAUAAAUUAUAUGAUAAAAGCUAGAAAAAAUAAAUCUUACUCAAUUAUGCUAGGCGAUGCAAAGGUUACUGAUGCUAGCAUGACAUUAUUUUUCACGUCAGAUAAUUAUUUGGAGGCUUGGCUUAAGUGCAAACCAUAUAAAUUAAAUGAUGAUUUUGUAUCAUUAUUUUACUGUAUGAUUGAUGUUUUACCACCUCAUUGA